AUGCUGCCCAAGAUUGCCCUCCUCCUCGCCGCCUCCCAGGCCGUCACCGCGCACUUUGGCCUGACCCAGCCUCAAUGGCGCGCCGACACCCUCGCCGCUGGGAAUGACGCCAAGUACAGCCAGUGGACCUACCCAUGCGCCGGCGUCCCGUACGGCGCCGGCAACGUCACCGAGUGGCCCCUCGACGGCGGGCCCCUCGAGCUGGACCUGCACCACCCCUGGACCUACGUCUUCGUCAACCUCGGCCUCGGCGCCAACACCACCAACUUCAACCUGACCCUCACCCCGGACCUCUGGAACACCACCGGCCGCGGCACCCUCUGCGUCGACCGCCUCGCCGUCCCCGCCGGCAUCGCCGACGGCACCCGCGCCACCGUCCAGGUCGUCACCUCGGGUGCUAGCGGCUCCGCCCUCUACAACUGCGCCGACGUCCGCUUCUCCAAGGACGCCAAGAAGAGCAACGCGACCUGCGCCAGCAAGGGCGUCACCCUCACCGAGGUCAAGCCCCAGAACGCCAGCGCGACGACGAGCGGCGCCGGCGCCACGGCCACGCAGACGGGCUCCGGAAAAUCGGGCGCUGCUGCCGCCGUCGGGGUGAAUGGCGGCGUGCUCGCGACGGUGGUCGGCGCGGCGGCCCUCUUUGCCCUAGGAUCGAGCCUGUAA